AUAAUGAAUCCACUGCUGGUAAAGAUGAUGAUAAUGAACCAGGAUUACAUAGUCCCACAUCUGAGAGCUCUUCAAGUGAUGAAUCAAUUCAUGAGGAUUCUUCUGACAUUAAUGAGUCUUCUGAGUUUGAGCAACAGGAUUUUGAGGAAAUUUGGGAAGACGUCUUGUUCGAGGAGUUUAGCAAAGACAUUCACUCAGCUGAUGAAGAACCUUGUCCUCAGCCUGAUGCAAAUCAAUCAAACAUCCAAAAAGUGACAGCUCUAGUUCAAUGGUUUGUUUAUUUCAUCCUACUCUGGCAAUCAGUAACCAAGAUCAGUGAUAAUGGUUUGGAAUGGAUGCUUCAAUUCMUUUGUCAAUUCUUCAGAGUUUUAUCAACUCUGUGUGGGAGUGAAUACUUAYCACAACUUGUUUWAAUUUUCCCAACCUCACUUUACCUCUUAAGGAAAUUUGUAUCAUUUGAUAGAGACAWUUWUUUUAAAAAAGCUGUCUGCCCCAAAUGUUCAAAGYUGUAUGACUUAAAAGAAUGCACAGAACUUGACAGACAAGGGAAUAGAGUCGUAAGGCUUUGCCAAAACAAGAAAUUCCCUCGUUCCAGAGUUUGUGGAGCAGCUCUUUCUAGAAAAGUUAUUCUCAGUAAUGGUGUAUGUGAGUUUUAUCCUCUACAUGUGUACUGCUACAACAGCAUAAUAAACAAACUAGAAGAAAUGGUGCAAAGGAAAGACUAUCCAAAAAAAUGUGAAGCUUGGAGAAACCGACAGAAGCAGAAUGGAUUUUUGUCUGAUAUCACUGAUGGACGCAUAUGGGAGAAAUUUCAAAUA